CGCGCGGCGGAGCGGCGCUCGUGCUCACCGUCCUGUCGCUGGGCUGUGCGGCGCCCGGGGGACGCCGGAGGGUCGCGGGAACCGGCGUCUGUCCUUUGUGAGGCGUUCAGGCACUUCGUUCCGGGGUGCGGGACGGAAUGUGGUCUCUGCGGGGUUGUUUUCUCUCUCCUGCUCCAACUCUGGGGAGUGUGGACUGAACGGGAGCCAUGGACUGAGGGCGUGAGCGGCGCGGGGCAGUCAUGACUUCGGUCGCGGAACUUAAGAAGCCACCAUUGGCUCCCAAGCCAAAGUUAGUGGGGACAAAUAGCAGGCCACCUCCCCCUCCCAUUGCACCCAAACCGGACAUCGUAAAUGCUAGUGUUCCACGGUUAACAAAGAAAACCAAACCAGCAAUUGCACCAAAACCAAAAGCCCUGACAAACUCAGUUGUUCAAGACAUCAAGCAGUCACCCUCAAAGAAACUCCCUUUGAACCUGGAGGAGCGGGAGCCAGAAUUACUGGAGGGCACUGACACGUUUAAUUGCAAAGAUGCCAGAGAUGCACACAGUGAUUCCAUUUUACCAACGUGUUCCUGCAGUUCUGGGUGUGAUAGAGGAAGUCUAUGUGCAAAGCAGCUCGUUCUAGAGCCUCUGGGAAUGAAAGAAAACUUAGAGAAUAGUAAAAACGGUGAGUCCUCUUUAACUGCAAAGAGGAGGACUAGGUGGGAUUCGAGUGGUGAAAAGGACUGGAGCCAGAGUGGAGUUAUUUUAAAGGCAGGCAUCUUAGAAGAGAAGCUCAAAGAGGUUUUAACACAACAGCAGUCACCUCGUAGCACCCCGAAGAAGCACAGGUCUCCAACCAACACAGAAAUAAAUGGCGACUGCAGUUGCAGCAGACAGAUCAGACUUGAACUGACAGAUCUGUCCCCUUCCCUGUCCCGUUUUGAAAAAGUUCCUGCUCAUCACAGCUGCCACCCACAGCCCCCUAGGGAUGAAUCUCAGAACCUCGAGACUUGUCAAGCUGGUGGCGCUAAGAGCAGCAGUCACUCGGUUUCCGGCGAACUCGAUGACAAGAAGACGCCUUCCGAGGGAACUAGUAAGAAGACGGACGUCACAGAUCUCGGUCCUUUAGAAAUUCACUUAUUACCUCAUACCUCAAAGUUUCCAAUUCCCAAGCCCAGAAAGACACACGCUGCUCGUCUGCUUCGCCAGAAGUGUGUAGAUACUCCUAGUGAAAGCACCGAAGAGCCAGAGAACUCAAACAAUGGCUCUUCUUGUCUCCUUGAAGAUAGUUUGAAAAACAAUCAAGUCAGUGUUCUUCAUCAGAACGUUUUGUAUAACCAGGGACAAGUGGACAAAGCGAAGCCAGCAAAUAAAAGGGCAUUGACUAGCGGUCCCAGGAGUGACAGACAAGACUCCGUCAGCUCCCAGAAAGCUGUAUGUCAGGAAACGUCUUCCUCUGAAAAAGCGACGCCUUCUUUAGAUGCAGACUCUAUUUUGAGUCCUGAUAGCACAACAGAAGGUGGUUCUGGAAUGUUACCUGCCGUGGAGGGAGAGACUACUUUACAAUGCAGUACUCAGUCUCCGAGCUUGCCUAAGCAAGCCCAGUUGUCCUGCACUGAACACCCGCCAGCUACCUGUAACAUGGAAUUGUCUGUUCCUCAAGUACAAAAGGAAUCUUCCUCUAGAGUUGUUCCCAAAAAACCUCAGAGACACAGCCUGCCCGCUGCAGGGGUGCUUAAGAAGGCUGCUUCCGAGGAACACGUAGAAAAAAAUUCUUACUUGUCAAGCAAAGCAACAAAUUCAGAGAAAGGUCUACAAAGAAAUCACCCUCAACCACUGGGCCCCUCAAACCGUGGUGUAUCACCGUCAUCCUUUGAUACACCCAACCCAACUUCAGAAAAGCCAGUGUGGAAGUUACCUCAUCCUAUUUUACCUUUCCCAGGGAGCCCAGAGUCCUUGAAGCGUGUCCCUUUAUCCUUAAAUAAUGGGCCUGCUAGUUCCCUAACCAAGCCAAGAGCAAAAUCACUAUCUGCUGUGGAGACGGACAGGUGCGAUAAACCUUGCAAAGACCCUCCAAAGAAAACUUCUUUUAAAAAGUUGAUAAAUGUGAAACUGUCCAUUGGCUUCAUAAAGAGUGACUUUCAGAAGUUUAGAUCAAAAAGCUGCCAGCCAGUGGAUGUCACUACAGGACAUCUGCUCAGUAGAGAGCCGAAAGGGCUAGAAAGUGAUUGGCAAGGUUUGGUGACAGGAGAAGAAAAGAGAAGUAAACCCAGCAAGGCGUAUUCUGCAGAAAACUGCAGCCUGGGGUCUCCAAAGGGGAAAUCUCAGGGUCAGACCAGAGCAGCCAAUGGUCAGAGAGCUGAGUCUCUGGAUGACCGGAUGCUCUCCAGGGACUCCCCCAAUACAAGGAACUGCGCACCAGAGUAUGAAAAUGUCCGCCACUAUGAGGAGAUUCCUGAAUAUGAAAAUUUGCCAUUCGUGAUGGCUGGAGGGAAGGCUCCAGAGUUGGGGUGGCAGAAUUCCAGCAGUGUGGAGGACACGGACGCAAAUCUGUAUGAAGUAGAAGAGCCCUAUGAUGCUCCAGAUGGCCAGCUGCAACUUGAUCCUAGACAUCCACCUUCCAGCUCUGCAACAUCGCAGGAGCGUCACGGUGAGCUCCCUCUGGGUCUUGGUGACCUGCCCUCUGAUGAGGAAGUCAUCAAUAGUUCUGAUGAAGAUGACGUCAGCUCCGAGUCCAGCAAAGGAGAGCCAGACCCACUGGAAGAUAAACAGGAUGAAGAUACUGGGAUGAAAAGCAAAGUCCAUCAUAUUGCCAAGGAGAUCAUGAGCUCUGAGAAAGUGUUUGUGGAUGUGUUGAAGCUUUUGCAUAUUGAUUUCCGGGAUGCUGUAGCCCAUGCAUCCAGGCAACUUGGGAAGCCUGUGAUUGAGGACCGGAUCCUGAACCAGAUCUUGUACUACCUGCCUCAGCUGUAUGAGCUCAACCGGGAUCUCCUGAAGGAACUCGAGGAAAGAAUGUUGAGCUGGAAUGAACAACCAAGAAUUGCCGAUAUCUUUGUGAAGAAGGGGCCGUAUUUAAAAAUGUAUUCCACAUACAUCAAAGAAUUUGAUAAGAACAUUGCUUUGCUGGAUGAGCAGUGCAAGAGAAACCCAGGGUUCGCUGCGGUCGUUAGGGAAUUCGAGAUGAGCCCGCGAUGUGCCAACCUGGCCCUGAAGCACUACCUGCUGAAGCCAGUGCAGAGGAUCCCUCAGUACAGGCUGCUGCUGACAGACUAUUUAAAGAACCUCCUAGAAGACUCUGCGGACCACAGGGACACCCAUGAUGCCCUAGCUGUUGUUAUAGAGGUAGCUAACCAUGCCAACGACACCAUGAAGCAAGGGGACAACUUUCAGAAGCUUAUGCAGAUUCAAUACAGCUUAAGUGGACACCACGAAAUUGUGCAACCCGGGCGGGUUUUCCUCAAAGAAGGCACUCUCAUGAAGCUGUCUCGGAAAGUCAUGCAGCCCCGAAUGUUUUUCCUGUUUAACGAUGCCCUGCUGUACACAACACCCGUGCAGUCUGGGAUGUACAAACUGAACAACAUGCUCUCGCUGGCUGGAAUGAAGGUCAGAAAGCCUACCCAGGAAGCCUAUCAGAAUGAACUGAAGAUUGAAAGUGUGGAGCGUUCUUUCAUCCUGUCAGCCAGCUCUGCCACAGAACGAGAUGAAUGGCUGGAGGCCAUAUCCAGGGCGAUAGAAGAGUAUGCCAAGAAGAGGACCACCUUCUGCCCCAGCAGGAGUCUUGAUGAGGACUUGGAGAAGAAAGAGGAAGUUAGUCCUCUCGGAUCAAAGGCUCCCAUCUGGAUUCCUGAUACCAGAGCCACCAUGUGUAUGAUUUGCACAAGUGAAUUUACUCUGACCUGGAGAAGACAUCACUGCAGGGCCUGUGGAAAGAUUGUGUGCCAAGCUUGCUCAUCAAAUAAGUACGGCUUAGAUUACCUGAAAAGGCAACUGGCAAGAGUAUGUGAACAUUGCUUCCAAGAACUACAGAAAUUAGAUCACCAGCUGUCCCCGAGGAUUGGCUCUCCGGGGAAUCACAAGUCUCCUUCAAGUGCCUUGUCAUCGGUCUUGCACAGCAUCCCAGCGGGGAGGAAACAGAAAAAGAUCCCAGCUGCUCUCAAAGAAGUAUCCGCAAACACGGAAGACUCCACCAUGAGUGGUUACCUUUACAGAUCCAAGGGCAGCAAGAAGCCAUGGAAACACUUGUGGUUCGUCAUCAAAAACAAAGUACUCUACACAUACGCUGCAAGUGAGGAUGUGGCCGCUUUGGAGAGCCAGCCUCUGCUAGGGUUUACCGUCACUCAAGUCAGAGACGAGAACUCAGAGUCGAGAGUGUUUCAGCUGCUGCACAAGGGCAUGGUGUUUUACGUGUUUAAGGCAGACGAUGCCCACUCCACGCAGAAGUGGAUAGAAGCAUUUCAGGAGGGCACAGUGUUGUAGCAGCGUUGGCUUCCUUUCCUCCGUGGUCCGACAAGGUGGAGGCGCAGCUCGGCGGAAUGGGGUCAGAGCUCUUCGGAAGGCACGCGGAAAAGAACACUGCCAAGAUAACCCGCCCUCAGCCGUUAGCAGAUAAACUGUUUUGUUAGGGAUAUGCAGUUCUUAAAGAUGUUUUUCAUGUGUUAUUUAUUAAAAUGCCGAUGUUUACUUGCUGGUCAGAACUGUUUCUGAGACUCACACUGAACCCUAAAGUACUGUUUAGAGACGCGAACUUACCGUAAUACUGUACACUGUACACUGCGGAUGUACUUGGCCAUGCUGUUGUCUCUGCCUUACAUCCUGACGCUCUCACUGUUGGUUAAGUCUUUGCAAGUAACACACACAUAUUAAGGAGCAAAUUUCCAUGCAAUGUUUGGUGUAGAAAUUGCUGGGUGAAAGUGCAGACUUUUGCAUCACUAACCCGAGAUGGAAAUGUUGAUAUUGCAAUAGAGAUCCACAUAGCAAGCUUCUACCUCAGUACCUGUGAAGUGAAAUGCCAGCCGUCUGUACUGCUAACUGUGCAGCUCAGGCAAACCUUGAGCUGCGGUCUUCUGCCUCAGCCUCUGAGCAGCUGGAACUAAAGGCCUGCACCACUGCGCCUGCUCUGUAUUUAAAACUGCCAGUUCAGUGUAAAUGUGAUUUUUAUUCCCUUGGUUUUCUGAGACAGAGGCUCACUCUGGAGUCCAGGCUGCCCUGGAGCUCAUUAUGUAACCUACGCUAGCCUGGGAUUCACUUGCUCGGGGUUUUGAAGUGCGGGGCUACAUAUGUGUGCCUCCAAGCUCAGUGAUCAAAAUAUGGCGGGGAACGUGCUACCUAGAAUCCCCUGCUAUUCUUAAGAGUUCAGAGCCCAAGUCAUUGGUGGUAUUUAUACCUAAAAGGAUGUUAUAUUUUCUAUAAAAUGUAUUUUUAAAGUGAUCUCGAAUCAGUGACACUUUUUAAAGGAAAUUUUAUGCAACUUUGAUUUGUUCCCCUUGAAUUUCAAAAUUCCCUCUUCCUCUCACCUUCUGUCUCCUUUGAGACACAGGCCUUCCUUGUAGCCCAGGCUAUCUCCACCCAUUGUCAUGCCUCAGUUCCCAUGUCCACACUGAACUUUGCCAGUCUGUGUCCCUCACUAGGAAAGGUUCAUAUUCUUGAUUCUGGCCCACUUCCUGUCUAACAUGUAAACCCCCUUGCACAUAGCCUUGUUGAUUAGCAGCAGCAGAACGAAGCUACCACGCUCGAAACUGUUUCAGUGUUUAAAUAGUUUGUUGACUUAGUUUAAACUGUCACCUAAAACUUAAGGUUAUCCAUAGACUAUUACAUUAAAGGAAGCAAGACAUUUCUGGUUCUUUAUAUAUGAUUUUUAAUUCUGCAAGAGAUUUCUGGUUCUUUAUGAUUUUUAAUUUAGUGUGAUGUCAAAAGUUGGAAAGUAUAUCCUGAAUACUAUUUUUUCAUUUUGAACACAUUCAUGAGGCCUUUUUGGAUGCCAUUUGCUACAGAUAAUGUAGACCUAAGGUAACGGAUGUAGUUUUUCUUGGCUGUUUCUGGCUAUGGCAUAAUUUGAAGUCCUGUGCAAUCUCAUAGAACCCCACAUGCAACCUUCCUUGUCAUGGGAGGUGAAUCCGUCCUUUGCAACUUAUUUUAAUUGGGUCACGUAAAUGUUUUCCAUGUAAACGUCUGUGUGAUUUGUGUGGUAUAUUCCUUUGGAGACCAGGGUAAUUUAUAGUUUAUAUUUCUUCCACCUUUUACCCUCUUUGAAUUCUCAACCUCUUUAAGAUUUGCUCAUGAGCCUCAAAAAGUCUAAGAAGUCUUAGCCAGUAUUCUGAACCAAGAAUCUCUUCGAAAUCUAAAUGUAUAUAAAGAGAACUUAGCACACAAAGUAAUUUGUAUGUAGUGAAAUUUGUAUCUGAUUAUAAUUGCCAAUUGCUUAGUCCUAUGGAAAGUUUUGGAAAAGACAAUAUACAAACUCUCAGAUAGUGCCCCCCCAUAAAAACAUUCUAAAUGUGGAGUGAGACCGCAUUCCCUACCCCUCCUGAUCCCUUCAUAACCUAGUAAAUAUGGUCAAUAAUUCAUUUAACCUGACUCGUUCAAUGGCAAAUAUUUAUAAUUUGCCAUAAAACUACUUUGAAAAGUAUUUCUGAACCCAGAGUCUCUGGGCAGACACUGUACCCAUGAACUACAUCCAUUGCUAACAUUUAACAGUGAAUAACACCAGCGCAGUCUGGAACAUCUCAAUUGUGGAAUGUUGCUCAGCACACAUACAUGUGCUACCCUCAAACCUUGCUCAGGUGUCUCCUAAGCACAGAUAGAGAUGGCAGGCUGAUGAAGGAGAGGUGAUAUUCUCAGUGUCCCUAAGCAGUGCCCCUCUGUCUGCAGCAGCUGAAAGCAGAAGUCCCCUACCCCACAUCCUAAGAGAAUGAAAAGGCCAUUUUUACAUUAUACCCUGUUUCUGAACCUCUUUCCAUUUUUGGUGUAACGAGCAUCGUUCUGUUUUCCCUGAUGGCCCUAGUUUUCUCCGGGAAGAAGCUUGAUUCUUUACUUGCUAACAUUUUUAAAAAUGAGGUCAGAGGACAAAGACUCAAAUUCUGCUUUUGUUAGCAAAAUAUCUAGUAGGCCCCCUAGGGGUGGAGGAAGCCUCCUGUUUGAGAACCUGAUGUCGUCGUCACAGCAUAUGGGAAUGAGUCUUGCAUGUGCUCCAAAUGUGCCCCUCGUAGUCAGGUCACUGGAAUUUCCUAUAUCAUUGUUCUAUGUGAUCCUUAAGGAUAGAUAAUGUAUUUAUUCUAUCCAUUUCUCUUGGUUCUUUGGACCUUUAGUUAAAAUAGGACGAGAUUCCCAAGGUGUUUUGAGUAAGAAUCUAUUUUCCUCAAGCCAGCUCCCCUGCCUCAUCCUCACCAUGCCCCUGCCUCAGUCACAGGACUCAGCUGCCACUGACACAGUCUCCAAAGCCCUUAUUCUAACUCAGCUCUUGAGUCCACUCUCUUCACCAUCCUGCAGUCCACGUCGAUGGCCUGGCUGACACUCAUCUUGCUUCCAUCCAAGCCUGUUUUCUUCUGUUCGAAAGGACACCAUGUGGGGCUCUAGUAUCUGACUCUUAGGUCCCCCGCGUCUUUCCAGCCCUGUUUCCCUGCCCUUACAUAGCCCUUACCGUCGCUAGCGCUUCCUCACAGUGCUGGGGGCACCACGUAGUGGCACACCACCUACAUAUAUGCAGCCCAGGUUCAGUCCCAUAUCUAGAAAACCAAUUCUGUUUUCUGACUUCAGCGCCUCCUUUGUGUGGUCUGUUUUAAACCUUGCCAAGGCAAUCUGCCGAAAGCAGAAUUCCCAUCUAAUUCCUAUUCCUGUAGGCUUCAGUGGCACUCCCACUUUGGCAUGGAGCAACUCCUCCGAUCCCAGGCACGCCAAGUGAACCCGCGUCAGCCUCUCUCCGUGCAUAGCUCCCUUUCUCACAUCAAUCAGCACGGCUCCCUUUUCUUGUGAUCUGACACUUCAGUGAUGGGAUUCUUUUUCCCUCCUCUCCUCUAGACUAGAUGCUCUCGUUCCUGUGUCCUGUGUCUUCAGUUCCUAGACCGACUGGCAUCCUUCUUACCACACUCAGUCCCCUGGGGGCUUAUCACAUGUAAUAACAAUGCCUUACACGCAGUGGAUAGAUGUUUGUUUGUUGAAUAUCUUCUCCUGGCUCCUAAAAAGUAUCUUCAAUCCACAUACUCUGGAGCCUUUGCCACUUUUAACGUUAUUUUCUAAGCGACAAUCUGUGGUGUUUUUUCUAGUUACUUCUAGGACAGAAUCUUAAGAAGGGAAACAAGUUUAUGUCCUAUACUGCAGUGACAGCUGUGGUUCUGAUGGUAACUUGCCUUCUAGAAAAAAAUAAAAGAUAAAGGUAAUAGCUUUUUAAAAAGAACUAAAUAUAAAAAUAUUUUUUUCUCCUUUGGAGUGAGGAGUGGAGGGAGACACCAUUCCCUUUCAUGGAGUCUCUUGCUGUAUGUGUGAACCAGUUUCAAAAUACUUUUUAAAUGUCUCUUAAUGUUUUCCUCAAAACACUUUUUUACUUAAAGUGAUAAUGGUUUGUAUCUUACUGUUCAUAUAAAGAUAGUUUAUAAAUAAAAAUAGCAUUGUAAAUAAUGUUAAUAUGUAUUAUAAUUUAUACAAAAUAAAUUUACUAUAAUAUCUAC